AGGUGAAAUUAUUUGUCAAUGUGUUGAGAGAAGUGUGUCAAUGGUAAGUUAAUCAGAAGAAAUAAUUAUUGAUGAGUGUUUGACAUUGGUUUUGAUUAGGUGAUUGGUAUAAUGGGAAUUGAAAUGGCUGGUGGUAUUUAUUGUCCAUUAUCAUCUCGAGAUCCGCAACAUCGUCUGUAUGCGCUCACACAACAAACUCAAAGUCGUCUUGUUCUUGUUCAUUGGUUAACAAGGAAACAGUUUGGUGAUGAUAUUCCAACAUAUGAUAUUAAUUCGACAUUAGUUAACAAGGAUGUGGAUUGUAGUGUUGAUAUAGAUCAGCUUUUGAACGUCAUAGUAAGGCCAGACAAUAUAGCUUACAUAAUCUUCACAAGCGGUUCAACUGGCGCUCCUAAAGCGGUUUGUCUUUGCUGA